GGAAUAAAACCUUUGGGAUAAACUACAAACUUUGCCAAACCCAUCGGCCAUGGAGGCCAGUCAGGACUCAUCUGUGUUCCUGGUCAACAUUUUAGAGGAACUGGAUACCAAGCAGAACACAGUUUCCUAUCAAGAUCUCUGCAAAUCGCUAUGUGCCAGGUUUGAUUUGUCCCAACUAGCCAAGCUAAGGAGUGUGCUUUUCUACACGGCCUGCCUGGAUCCCAAUUUCCCUGCCACCUUGUUCAAGGACAAAAUGAGGUGUAGCGUCAACAACCAGCAAUCCAAGAAGAUCAUGGUUGCGGCAGACAUUGUGACAAUAUUCAACCUGAUACAGAUGAAUGGUGGCGUGGCCAAGGAGAAGCUUCCGCUUGCCCGAGAGAAGGUGAGGAAGAAAGGAUCAGUAGAGGCUUGCCCUCCUGACCCAGAGGCAUGCAAUAUGGUGGACUGCGUACUGAACUGUGAGUUGAGGGAUGGAGAAUUCAGCUGGGGUUAUUCGAACCUCAGGGCUCCCAAAUGCCGGAAGAUGGAUUGCAAGGAUUGCCCACAGUUUGUCCCGGCUUCUGAGCCUAAUUUUUUACUCGGGGUCAAUAAGGAAACAAAAGGCCGAGCCGCUUCCCUUGACCGUUUGCAGGCUUUAGCAUCCUACGCGAUUGCAAACUCUCCCCCUUGUGAGAUGCAGAGUACCUAUUUCCCCAUGAACAUAGAAACCGAUUCGAUUUCAGACCAGGACUCCUUACCGAUCAAUGCAAGCAUUAAAGAGACAUUCAUGUCCAACGACGAGCCCUUCGUCAUGCAGUCAUGUGUUCAGAAGCGCAACAUCUUCAAGGAAGACUUCCACAAUCUCAUCACCAUCUCACCCAACUUGAUCUCGCCCACUGAGAAAGCAGAAGAUGACUUGGUAGAACCUCCUACCCAGAAGGAGACCUCCAAACCGCAGGCGUUCUUCAAUCACAGUUUCGAAAUGCCAUACAGCAGUCAAUACCUGAACCCCAUUUAUUCCCCAGUGCCCGAUAAAAGGCGAGCCAAGCACGAAAGCUUAGAUGAUCUCCAGGCAUCGACUUAUUUUGGGCCCACAACCAUUCUCGGGCCACAAGAGACCAAACGGUGGUUGGGGAAGCCAAACAAGCAAACCCCAUGGCCGGUGAAGAGUUGGAGCUUGAAUACCGAAGAAGUGCCUGACUUUGAAAGGUCUUUCUUAAACAGAAAACAGUCGGAGGAAAAACCUCGGUACCAGAGUUCAAAUGCUGAGAGGCAUCAGCCUUAUCUUGGCCCGAAGGAUCAGCAGUCCAUGUUGCAGUUAAACUACGCUGCCAAACCAAAUGGGCAUAAAUCCAAAAACAUUCCUUCCAUUUUGGAAGUGGAAAAGCACGAGCCCGUCAAAAAAUUCAAAGACAAAAGUAUCAACUGCACCUCUGUCCAGUUGAGCCUGGACAAAAGCAACAGUGUUGGCACACAGACAGAGCAACAAGGGCUGGAACACAAGAAAUGCAAAGAGAUGGGCCACCCAAACCACAACAAAUACGGCGAGCGACAUUCUCUUAAGCAGUCGGAUGACGACUCUGAAAUCGUCAGCGAUGAUAUCAGUGAUAUCUUCCGAUUCUUGGACGACAUGAGCAUCUGUGGGUCUUCAGGAGUGAUGCAGUCGUCCUGCUACAACAGCACGGGCUCGCUUUCCCAGAUACACAAAUCAGACUGCGAAAGCUCCCCUGAGCACCACUUAGCAAAAAUGGCCAAUGGGAAUGCCACUCACAAAGUGCCUCGGAUGGAAAUCAGUGGCACGGACGAGGAGCUGAAAGCCAGCGUUUGCAAACUAGUUCUACGGAUUGGGGAAAUUGAAAAGAAACUGGAGUCUCUCUCGAGCGUCCGGGAUGAAAUUUCCCAGGUUUUGGGGAAGCUAAACAAAUUGGAUGAAAAGAUCCAGCAGCCGGAGAAAGUGAGCGUCCAGCUAGACCUUAAUUCCUUGACGAGCGAAGCUCAGUCGGAAGAAAGUACCUCCCCGCAGAUAUUUUCACGCAAUAAUUCUUCACACGGCAGCAAACUCGAGAAUAAUCCAGACUGGUGCUGUUCAGACGCCAGUGGCAGUAACAGCGAGAGCCUUCGAGUGAAAGCCUUGAAGAAAAGCUUAUUCACCAGGAGGUCCUCGAGGUCACUGACAGAAGAAAACAGUGCCACCGAAUCCAAGAUUGCCAGCAUCUCUAACUCCCCGAGAGACUGGCGAGCCAUCCCGUAUACCAACCAAACAGGCAUCACGGAGGAAGAGAUGAAAGACCGAGGCGGAGAGGAAAACAAAGACUGGCACAGGAAAUCCAAAGAGGUGGACAGGCAAUAUGAAAUCCCUCAGGCGCACAGACACUCGAAGCCUCCCAAAGAUGCCUACCUGAUAGAGCAAGUUUUCAGCCCCCAUCCUUACCCCGCAUCCCUCAAGUCCCACAUGAAGACCAACCCGCUCUAUACGGACAUGCGCCUGACGGAACUUGUGGAAGUCAAGCGGACUCAGCCAUCCUGGACCAUUGAGGAAUACACAAGGAACUCUGGCGAGAAAGGGAAGUUGGCUGCUUUGGACCUACAAACUCAAGAAUCUUUAAAUCCCAACAAUUUGGAAUACUGGAUGGAGGACAUAUACACGCCAGGCUAUGACUCACUAUUGAAGCGCAAAGAAGCUGAAUUCAGAAGAGCAAAAGUUUGCAAAAUAGCUGCCUUGAUUGCAGCAGCUGCCUGUACAGUGAUCCUUGUCAUCGUGGUCCCUAUAUGCACUAUGAAAUCAUGAUUCCGGUCGCGGAGGGAUACAUCACGGCCCUGUAUAUAAAGUUGCUCCAAAUAUCCUGUGCAGGAUUUUCAUGGGAAUGGUUGUAACUGUUCACUGGGAAAGGCUAUUCCAAGAGAAUGCAGCAUAGGAGCAUGCAAAGAAGUGCUGGGUUCCUGGUCCUUUUGAACAGCAAAGCAUUUUGCAAAACGAAUGGCGAUGGGUUUACAUGUUUACACAUCAUGACAAGUGAAUUCUCCCUUGCUUUGGAAAAGAAGAUAGAACUAUUUUACAAGAUUGGAAAUGGAGGAAGAGAGAGGAUUUUGUUCUUCCCUGUACCAAUAGGAAUUUUAUAUUGAUACGUUAUAGACGACUGGUCAUUCUUGAACAAUAUGCAUUUCGUCAGAGAGAUAAGAGCUCGGAUGACACUCUCGGAAAUUUGACAAAUCUGAGUACAUUGUUGGUGGUUAUGUAUUCCUUCUUUGUUCCGUUUCAAAAGCAAAUUUGUAGCCUUGGGAAGGGUGGGAUUUGGGAUCUGGGAAUCCAAAAGGGCUCUUUGUAACUGGGUCUUGCCAUAAGACCUUGUUGUUCUCUGAGUACACAAGUCAGGGAUGCAAACUGUUUGGCUCUUUAGAUAUCACUGGCCUGCAAAGCCCAUCCAUUCUAGUUAGCACGGCCAAUGGUGAAGGAUGAUGGGGAUUGAGGCCUAACAUCUGGAGUGACACCUGUUCUCCAUCCCUGACAUUUGCUAUAGACCAAAAAGAAUCUGGUGAAAAGCAGUUCCUAUCUGGGUUUUUAGUUGAGUGUGUUGAGAUCAACUUUCCAAAACAAUAGCAUAUGCUCCUAUUAUGUUUGUAGCAACAUCCUUUCUGGUCAGACGAUUACAAUCAAAUCCAAAACGUUUGAACUGUACUCUUCUGAUUCUUGGACAUAUCAUCAAAAUAACUAUGAAUGUAGGGAUAUGAAGAAUACAAGGUUUGAAUGAAAAGUAAUGCCUCCACCUUCGUAACUCCUCAACAGGUGGCAGUACUGGUAUGCAACAGGUACUGGCUUGUUCAGUAGACUCUCCUCUACAGUUCCAUUUAGGCAGGAAGCUUUAGCAUUGAAUAGUUGUGUUGUUAAAGUGUGAAGUAUGGAACCGUGCGCAGACAGUCAGUCAAUGCAACUUAAGCAACAUGCAGUCAUUGAAUGCUUGACAGCAGAAGAUGUCACCCCAAAGGAGAUUCAUCAGAGAAUGCAAGCUGUUGAUGGGGAUUGUGUUGGUGUGAGUACUGUGCAUCGUUGGGCGAGUAAGUUUAAAGAUGUUGAGGUGGGGACAUCUGACUUGCAUGAGAAACAAAGAGUUGGAUGUCCUGUGACAGCAACCACCGAGUUUCACAAACAGAUUGAUUCAGGACAAACGUCGUAUUCCUCAGAGAGAAAUUUCAAGCAUAAUUGCCAUUUCGCAAGAAU